AUGGCUACGAUCCAGGAUGAUGAUGAGCGUCUGCUCGCCCGAAUUGGCUAUAAACAGGAGUUGCGACGAGAAUUCUCGAAAUGGUCCACCGUGUCGUAUGCUAUCUCCAUCCUCGGUGUCCUCGGCUCGGUGCCAGCGACAUUUGGGUCGCCGCUAGCAGCGGGAGGCCCAGCAACCGCCGUAUGGUGCUGGUUGAUCGGCUCUUGCAUGGCCAUGUGCAUCGGGAGCUCUGUAGCAGAGCUGGUCUCUGCAUAUCCAACCGCAGGUGGCAUGUACUUUGUCACAAAGCACGUGGUGCCUCCUGACCAAGUCCCCAUCUUUUCGUGGAUUCAGGGUUGGUGCAAUCUGCUGGGACAGACGGCGGGGGUGUCGAGUGUGGCCUAUACCGUCAGUCAGAUGCUGCUGGCAUGCGUCAGUAUGAACUCGGAUCUCGUCAAUGGCGAAUACUCAUACACACCAACGGCAAUGCAGACCGUGCUGGUAUCUAUUGGAAUGCUGGUCAUUCUCGGCAUCCUCUGUUCCUUGAGCACAAAAACCUUGCAUCGACUGAUUCUAUGGUUUGCCCCAAUCAACAUCUCCGCUACGAUCUGCAUCUGUGUUGCACUUCUAUACCUCACCCCAGACAAGCAGCCGGCCUCGUGGGUCUUUACCCACUUUACGGACGGCUCCGGGUGGGGCUCCAAAGUAUUCUCUUUCUUCUUGGGUUUCUUGUCCGUUGCGUGGACCAUGACCGAUUACGAUGGGACGACACACAUGUCAGAGGAAACGCACGAUGCCGCUGUGCGUGGCCCUGUCGCUAUCAGGACUGCAGUGCUGGUAUCUGGAGCCUUUGGGUGGCUUCUCACUGUCUGCUUGUGCUUUUGCUUGACUGAUUUUGAGGGAAUUUUGAGCUCUCCGACGGGCCUACCCGCCGCUCAAAUAUUCUUGAAUGCUGGUGGAAGGCGUGGUGGCACUGUGAUGUGGGCCUUCGCUAUCCUGGUCCAAUUUUUCACGGGCUGCUCAGCUAUGUUAGCAGACACUCGAAUGGCAUAUGCCUUCGCCCGAGACAACGCACUUCCAUUUUCUGGAUUUCUUUCAAAGGUCAACCCCUAUACUCACACUCCCGUCAACGCGGUCUGGUUCGUGGUAUUCUUCAGCAUCUGUUUAAACGUCAUUGCGAUUGGCUCCACCGAGACGGCAACGGCCAUAUUCAGUGUCACGGCCCCAGCACUCGACUUGUCCUAUGUGUCUGUCAUUCUGGCACAUCAGAUAUACAAGAACAAAGUCAAGUUUGUUGAGGGGCCGUUUACUCUAGGAAGAUGGGGCACUCCUAUCAACUACAUUGCUGUAAUCUGGGUGUUGUUUAUCAGUACCAUCCUCUUCUUCCCAUCCCAACUGCCUGUGACCGCCGCCAACAUGAACUAUGCAAUCUGCGUUGCUGCCUUUAUCGCCAUAUUUGCUUUGGUCUGGUGGUGGGUGGCAGCAAGAGGAACAUACACAGGACCCCAGACCAAUGAUAUCAUUAACCAAAUACCUAGCGAGGAGAACGGAAAUGACUAUGACGAGCCCGACGACUGCUCUGUGUAG